GGUCCCGCCGGCGUGGAACGUGCCUGGCCGUCACCGCCUUUCCUCCUCACCACCACAGCAACACCAUGGGCGCCGAAGCACGCAGCUCCAUCGCGGACCAGCCAACGCAGCUCAGUGCGCUCAUCGUCGGCGGCGGCGUCAGCGGCAUUGCGGCGGCGUGCCGUCUGCAGAUGGACCUCGGCGUGCACGACUUUCUAAUCUUUGAGCGCAGCUCGGGCCUCGGCGGCACGUGGUACAACAACCGCUACCCGGGCGUCGGCUGCGAUGUGCCGACGCGCCUCUACUCGCUCUCCUUUGCGCAGCGUCCCAACUGGAAGCACUUCUUUAGCCUCGGGCCCGACAUCCGCGACUACCUGCAGGACGUCGCGCGCCAGUUCAACCUUCCCGGACGCACGCGCCUCAACACGCAGGUGCUGAGCGCCACCUGGAUCCCUGCCCGCACACACUGGUUCGUCAAGUCGCGCGACGAGGCGGGCGUCGAGCGCGAGCACACGGCACGCAUCCUCGUGUGCGGCACGGGCGCCCUGUCCAUCCCGCGCGAGCCCGACACGCCCGGCUGGCAGAGCUUCAAGGGCCCGCUCUUCCACAGCGCCGAGUGGCGCUCAGACGUCGACUGCACGGGCAAGGACGUCGUCGUGAUCGGCAACGGCUGCAGUGCCACACAGAUCAUCCCCGUGCUCGCGCCGCACACCAAGAGUCUCACGCAGAUCGUGCGCACGCGGCACUGGAUCGUGCCGCAGCUCAAGAGCCCAUUCGACAACGCCGCCUGGCGAUGGAUGGAGAGGAACAUCCCCGGCGUUGUGGCAUUCGAGCGCGGGCUGCUGGUCGUUCUGCUCGAGUCCAUGUUCGUGCAGGCGCUCAAGGCCGAGGGCGGCCCGGCGCGCGCCCGCUUUGCCAAGCUGUGCCACAAGUACAUCAAGGAGUGUGCGCCACCGGAGUACCACGACCUGCUGCUGCCCAACGAGGCCGAGAUCCCGGUUGCCUGCAAGCGGCGCGUCUUUGACGCCGGCUAUAUCCCGGCGCUGGGGCGCAGCAACGUCGAGCUGUGCGGCGACCAAGCAAAGGAGAUCACCGAGGACGGCGUGAUCCUCGAGAGCGGGCGCAAGCUCAAGGCCGAUGUCAUCAUCACUGCCAACGGCUUCAAGACGGAUGGCGCGAUGCUCAUGGACAUCACCAACGGCGAGGGCGUCACGCUUGCAGAGCACUGGAAGCGCUCCGCUGGCGUGCCCGAGGCGUACCGCGGCACGCUGGUCAACACUUUCCCCAACAUGUUCCUGCUCUUCGGCCCGAACACCGUCACAGGCCACUUCAGUGCGAUCUGGACCAUCGAGCGCUCCGUCGAGCUCAUGACGUCGCUGCUGCGGCCCGUCUUCCUGCGGCCAUCGAAGAGCGCCGAGGCCAAGUGCUGCAAUGGCCCGCUACAGCGCAGUGCUGGACGUGCAGUGCAGGUGCGCAAGGACGCCGAGGAGGUCGAGCAGGUCUUCAUCCAGGAGUCGAUGAAGGACCUCGUCUUCUCUGCCGGCUGCGGCGCCUGGUAUGCGGACCCGGCCACGGGCAAGGUGACAGCCAUCUCACCGAGCCUGCAAACGACGUACCUCGUGCGCACACGCUUUCCGGUCUUCAGCGACGUGCGCUACACGGGCCUCUCGAAGCUGCAGGCGUGGUUCAGCUGGCGCCUCUCGCAGCGCAUCGGCAGCUUCCUGCGCCUCGGCGCCGUACCAGACCUGCGCUCCGACGCUGCGGCACGGCGGGGCUUCCUGCUGCGCCUGCUGCGGCGCCUCACCUGGCCGGCGCACCUGCUCGCCGACGCGGCGUUUGGCAAGAUGCUGCGCGCCAGCAGCUACGCCAUCGACCACAUCCUCACGUGGCGCUACCCGCCCACGUACGUGCAGGCGCAGAAGCUGCGCGCCGCAGGCAAGUAUCGCGAGGUGGGCACGGCAUGAGGCGCAGAUGUAGAGAGCAGCGACGGCUUGCAAUCAUGAGAUCGCUCCC